UCCUUCAUCCCCGCGGUCCUCCCUCGUGUGUUGGAAUUUCCCGCAUGGACCGAGAGGGAUCUUGCUCCGUAAAUUACAGCGCCUUCGCGUGUCAGAGGAAGAGCCUUUUAUGGGCAGGGAAGUGGGCGGGGCCACGGAGCAGGCGGCGGGCAGAGAGGAGGUGGCAAUCACUAGACAGCCAGAGAAGCGCAGUCGAUGCGCGGCAGCAGCAGGCCGCGUCCUCCUUCUUCUUCUUCUUUUUUUUUUUUAAAGCCUUUUCGUGCAUUCACAGUGCAAUAAUGUGCAACAAACAGCGGCUGCAUUGCGCUUCUGUUCUUGCGCAUUAGCACGUUUGUGUUUACGCUCCCACGUCAAAAUCCCCCUCCGCCCCCUCACCUCCCUCCCAUCCCUCCUCACUUGUUUUCUUCUUCUUAGCUGGGGGCACCGAAGGGAAGGGAAAGGGGGGGCGGCGGGGGGGGGGGGAGAAGUCCAAAUGCGUGAGGUCAGCAGCGUAGCGUGAGUCAACCUCGGGGAUGUGUGCAGUCAUCAUCGCGGGCCUGCUGCUGCCGCCGCCGCCGCCGCCGCUGCUGCUGGCCGCACGAGAGAGCUACCCAGCGCGGCUGAGCAGCUCCUCGCACUUUGCCUUGGCGGGAAAACGAGCGCUUUCUCUUCUGCUGCGCGUCUCACAAAGCUGUUAGGAGUUUGAUAAGGGCGUUGGAGCUCCAAGUGUGCCAGUCGAUGAUGAACUUCGCCUCUGAGUGUUUGUGCGAAACAGCUCAACAUGAACACAGUGCGGUGAUAACUGGGUGUCGCCCAUGAAUGAGAAAAACACAGAGACUUCUUCAGAUCGUUUCACCCCCGACUGGAGAUUGUGAAGAACUUCAAAGGGAUUUUUUUUUAUUUUUUUUUUACUGUGAAUAAGAAAAAAAGACUUUGUUUUAAGUCAAAAGAACAUUCUGCAUAGGCCUGGGUUGGAGUGGUUCCCUGCUUCAGCCCAUUCAUGCUCGUCAUGAGCGUACCAGCCCAGCAGAAACCCAGCGCCAAGAGAACGGGGAAACGCAUCACGUUUUUCGGCGACCAACCAGGAGACCUGAUGAAGGAGACGUCGCAGCAUCCCGACGGGGCGUACUUCGUCCCCGGCGGCACCGCCGCCGCCUCGGAGUCCGGACAAAGCGAGGCGGCGAGUACAGUGACCUCCAACCCUGAGGCUCCUCACAUGUACUUCAACUCUGUGAUCUUCAGCCCAGAUAAAGGUGACCAGAACAGGGGCCACUAUCAGCAGACAGUGCCGAUGAAGUGGGCUCACCCGGAGCCCGGUCAGCAGCAGCAGCAGCAGAGAGCUGCCUCCUGGACUGCCAUGCCUAGCUGGGCGCCGGCUUUUCCGAAUCUCACAAGGACCCAGAAUGCGUUUGUGAAGGCGAUGCACGAGACUCCCCCCGGCUUGCAGCUGCAUCAGCAGCCAACCAACGCUGUGAAGUCUCGAGCUCUGGAGUGGGAGCAGCAGCAGCAGACAUCCCAAAUCUUUCAGGAGACGAUGAAACCAGGGGCGCUGAACGCUCAGCAGCAGAGCACCCCCCACCCCGGAGGAAGCUCCGUCUUGCAGUCCUUCCAGCUGGCCUUCGGUCAGCCCAAACAGCACCUGCCCGCUUAUUACCAGACCUUCCAAGGGAGCAGGAACACACUACCGAACCCGCCGAACUACUCGAAUUCGAAGCAGUCUUCGCUGCAUCUUCAGCAGCUGCAGAAUCAAGAGCAAAUGCAACGGCAGCAGCAGCAGCAUGUCAUCCAGCAGCAAAUUCAACAGCAUCAGCAAAUCAUCCGGCAUCCGCAUGUCCAGUUACAGCAGCAGCAGUUACACCAUGAGCAGCAACAACAGCAACAAAAGAUGCAACAACAGCGGCAACAGCUCCAGAUUCAGCAGCAAAUGCAACAUCAGCAGUCGCAACAACAAAACCCCCAUGUGCUAGACUGUUUCUCUGCGGCACAAAACGCACACCCGCAGCCCGUGGUCGUGCACUCGCAGGAGUCCACCGCUCCGGCUCCGCCGAAGAUCCAGGAGCCGCUGAUCCAGGACAUCACGCCAGAACCCCAGCAGCAGCCGUCCGAUCCUCUGCAGGCCCCCCCACCGCCCGAGCCGUCGUCGCAAUCGCAGGCGCAGCUCCGCAGAUCUCGCCGGUUGUCCAAGGAAGGCGGUGCGCCGUCUGACAACCCUUUCCUUUGCGGGCCCUCGGAUCAGUCGGGCCCGGAGAACGGGGCCCGUGACGUCCAGGCGGCGCCCACGGGGGUCAUCCAGAGCACUCGCAGGAAGCGCCGGGUGUCCCAGGAGGUCAACCUGGAGAUGCUCGCUCAAGAGGCUUCUGAGAGGAAGUCUCCUUCACUAAGCAAGGAGCCUCACAGGCCGUGGAGUCCCGCCGAACCGGAGAGCAUGAACGCCAAGCGGCCCCGAGACGACAGCCUCCUUCCGCUCGUCAUCCCCGUGUCCGUCCCCGUUCGGAGACAGGACCCCUCGUCUCCGGAUAGGGAUGGAGCAGCCGUGGCAACCAGCUGGCCUCACCGGCCUCCCAACCACCAGGACCUCGGGCGAGCCGAUCACAAACCCUCGGUCAUCGUCACCCGCAGACGCUCGCUCCGAAACUCCUUAUCAGAAAGUUCAGAGCAGAAUGACGGCACGGAGGGAGAGAGGGACGACGACGGCAGGAAGUCCAAACGGCGUCCCCGACCGGAGCCUCUCUUCAUCCCGCCGCCCAAACCGAGUUUAUUCAUCGCCCCGCCCGUCUACUCCAGCAUCACGCCCUACCAGAGCCACCUUCGCUCCCCCGUUCGCCUCGCCGACAACCCGAUCACGAUGCCCCCAUACACGCCUCCGCCGAUCCUCAGCCCCGUUCGGGAGGGCUCGGGCCUCUACUUCUCCACCUUCCUCUCGUCGGCUGCAGCCAGUGGUCCGGGCCUGCCCCCUCCUGCGACUCCCAAGUCAGCCACUCGCAGCUUGUUGCGUUCCAACAGCUGCGACAUCACGCCACCGGUGCUGUCCGCCAUGAGUGAGACCACGCCGGUCAGCAUCGAGCCACGAAUUAAUAUCGGGUCGCGGUACCAAGCGGAGGUGCCGGAGCUGAGGCAGAGGUCAGCUGUCGAACUGGAUCGCCAUCGAGCCGAACUGGUUUGGGCUCCACCGUCCGAACUGGAGGGGAAACCAGACUUCCAGGACAAGGUGGAAGACCUCAUGCACCUGGCCUGUUCCAGUGUUUUAUACGGAGGAGGCACCAACCAGGAGUUAGCACUCCAUUGUUUAUACGAGUCCAAAGGGGACAUAAUGGAUGCUCUGUCUCUGCUGAUGCUGAGGGAUCCAAUCUUCCCAAAGACACAUCAUCUGUCCAGCUACCACUACUCGGGAUCAGACAGCUGGACGGCAGCUGAGAGGCGUCUGUUCAACAAAGGCAUGGCCACGUGUAAGAAGGACUUUUUCAUGGUGCAAAAGCAGGUGACGACCAAGACCGUGGCGCAGUGCGUGGAGUUCUACUACACGUACAAGAAACACGUGAAGAUCGGCCGCAACGGAGCGCUAAUUUACGGCGAGAACGAGCCUCCGGAGAGCAGGACGGCAGAGGAGGAGCAGGACCACAAGGCCGCUCAAAGGCUGGAGCCGCAGCAGCAGGAGGAGGACAGCAGGAAGUGGGAUGGUUCAGCUGACAGGAAACAGGAUGUCUGUCCCACCAGGGUGACACACACGCUGCCGUCCACUGAGAAUCUUGCAACAGUCCUCAUUAUGAAGAGCCAGGCGGAGGUGGGAAAGGAGCAGCCGGUGUCCAGGGUCAUCCACCACGCCCAGCCGCCCCAGACCAAACCGCGCUUCGACGGCAACGCGCGCCGGCCGAGCCCCCCGUCGGGCAACAAGGCCUCCGCGGGGCAGGAGGGCGAGUUCCCCUGCAAGAAGUGUGGCAGGAUUUUCUACAAGGUGAAGAGCCGCAGCGCCCAUAUGAAGAGCCACGCGGAGCAGGAGAAGAAGGCGGCGGCACUGCGACAGAAGGAGGCAGAGGAGCGCGCCGCGGCGAGGGCGGCAGCCGAGGCCGCCGCCGCCGCCAUGGCCGCGCGGCAUCAGAACGGAACGCGGCAGGCGGUCGGCGACAGCGCCAACGACGACUCCUCCGGCGGCGAGGACAGCGACGACGACGACGACUGGCAGAAUUAGGGCGGAGGCAGAGACCCUCUGCACCCCUCCUUUUUUUUUCUGUUUUUUUUUUUUUUUACAAACCGCCGUUGCUCGACGACGUCGGUGACGAUCACCGCUCAAACUUCAGCGAGCGUCCGGAUUUGUUGGGUUCUUCCCAAAGCUCCCCUUUACUCAGCUUUUCCAAGAGUUGUACCUCUCUUGCUCACAGGGCUCGGUGAAAUCAAAGCCAUGCGUCGUCCUGUUGGAUUCCCAGCCGCCGCCGCCGCCGCCUUCCUCCGCACUUUGAGUCCCGCUUUGCUCCGACAGGCGCGUUGGACCUCCCCUUCCGUCUUCUGUUUUCCUUUCACCUUCAGCUCCUCUUCGGACCUCAGUCGACCAAUAUCCGAUCGUCGAGGAUGAAGUGGGAAAGGAAGGCUGCUUCCUCGGACAGACGGAUGGAUGGCAUGUUCGGACUGUUGUUGUCGCCGCUCCUCUGCACUAACAGCUGCCAAAAGUGUUUUUUGAAGCAUGAAAUGGGUUCUGUCUGUUUAUCCGGGCUUUUGGUUCUGUGAAUCCCCCGUCGUCAAACCCCCUUUUUUUUAUUUUUUUUAUUUUUUUUAAUAAAACCUGCUCUGUUCCUCACUGUUUUAUGCCUUGGAUGUUAUGACAGUUUCAUUUGAAAAUGACAAUCAAUUUUACACUGUUGGUGUUUUUUAUGGACGUGUACAAUAAGCAGGUCGACUUUUUUCUCCCAUCUCCCCCACCCCUUUUUCUCUGUAGUUCUAUGUGGUUCUUGUUGUUUUUGUGAAGAUUGUUAUUAUUAAUAUUAUUAUUAUUAUUAACAUUAUUAUUAUUCUAGUUUUGGCUGCAGUUUUGUCGAGCCCUUUUUUUUUUAAAAGCUUUUCUUUUCUUUGUUUUUAUUUAAACAAAAACAAUUGCUCCUUGCUACCUGUUUAUAACUGUGUUUUUUGUUGUUGUUGUUGUUGUUUUGUUUUUUAAAUAACUAUUUUUUUUUCUUUCAUUGGGAGCCAAGAAAUGAAGAAACGGCAGAAGCGUAUGUGCAAUAGAACAAGUUAUCCCCUCUCACUUCCCAGCACGGUGUUCUCUGUCAGCUCAGAAGCAGCUGCUCUGGAUGCCUCGCUGUCAGCUCCGUUACUGAUGGCGGGUUCUGACUGGGACCGUUCAGAACCGCAGGUCUCCACGGACACGAGCGACACGACAACCGGCUCAGUCCAAACCUAAAACCGCGUUCCAGUAUUUACGGCAUGACAUUGGCUUUCACAAUGUGUGCUUCUUUUUUUUUUUGUUCUUAAUUGUAGGCGAGAUGUAGGCACGAGCCGGUCUGUCGGUAUAGAUACCUCAGUAUGGCAGUAUUUACACAAGAAAAACUUUAGACUGUAAUGUAUAAUGUGUUUGAAACAAAUUUCUAAUAUCUCGUUUAACAUUAGCUCAUCUUUAUUUUGAUUCGGAUAGACAGACAUGGGCAACAAAGAAAUAAAGGUCUGCUAGUUUUCAAGUAAACGCCACAUGGAUGGGAACAUAUGGGAGCCGUCUGUCAGUAAACCAUUUACUUUCAUCAACAGCCGAGCUUUUUGGAAAAGUAGUGAUUUGUAGUAAUUAAUCAGAUUUUUACUCUGAACUAACGGUUCUGCCUCCUGCUUUCUACCUCAGCUUUGUAGCCGUUCCACAGACUGUUAACAGUAAGAACAUUUCAUCAGAAAAUAAAUUGUAGUCCUUAUUUUCUUUAGUCCCAUCUAAUCUGAGCUCAGAUUUGAAACAUGAAUAAAAAGUGAUAUGAAUUUGACUUUUUUUAAAUUUUUUGAUGGAACUUUUCCAUUGUUCUUGCCACGGAUUUAGAUAUUGAUAUUAACCUGCUUUUUUUUCUCUCUUUUUUUUUUUGUUAUUUCUGAUAAAAUCUCAAGCGUUCCUUACAACGGCUCGUUUUCCACGCUCUCUAAAAGCCUGUUGAUGGCAGGAAAUCAUUUACUGACUAACAGUAGAUUCUGAUCUAGACGGCUGAACUAAAAUCUCUGUUGGCUCUUAACAUUUUAACAUUAGAACGUGUCGAUUGCCAAGACUAGAUCUCUACUAACAUGGAGAUAAAUCUGUGUCUGCCUUUGGAUUUUUUUUGCUCUGAGAUUCCAGAUUUGGCUGAAAAAGCUGUUUAGAUGACAAUUCGUCAUCCCCCCCCCCCCAGUUAUUAUUAUUGCAUUGUCUUUUAGAUGCCGAUAUGAAGACAAAGUUUUCAUUUUUCUAAGCAGACUGUUUGCAUCUGUGAUUCCUCUCUUCCCGUUUACCUGAUACGAGGCACUGAGUUGGACCAUUGUAACCGUGACUCAUCUGUUGCUGCAUAUCCCAGUGUUAAGCCCUUUAGCCCGGAGCCGCCGAAGCAACAAAUAGGUGAAAGGGUUGUUUUCCUUUAAAGGACAAACUGGAGGAAGGGAGGAACGUUGAGUGGGGAAAGAGACAAAAACAAGCAGAAUCAGCUCUGCUUACUCUACAAGUUCCAAUCUGGGUCUAUGCACAGGCUGUGUGUGUGAGUGUGUGUUUAAAGCAUCCUGUUAGCAGUGUGUGUGUGAGUUCUGUGAGGUCAAAUGUUCGACUGCCGUACCAGUCACAAACAAACAAACAAGAAAAAAAAGGGUUUCUGCAGACUGUUCACGUUUGGGAUGUUAAUUUAUAUCUCCUUUUUAUUUGGGCUCGUCUCGAGGUUCUUGUUUGGGUUUCGGGUGGGGCGGGGAGCGACGUUGCAAAAAAAAAAAACAAAACAAGAAAAGGUUUCGAAGACGAAUUUUUACGGAUGGAAGUGGAGGCCACAGACACUUCUCGUUUCGUCCGUCUGGUCGAGGGGAAAAAAAUAAAAUUUCCGAAGAAAAUGUUUAUUUAGCUAAAGAUUGGAAAUAUAUAAUAUGAACGGAAUUCUAUGUUUGCAUACUUUUUAUGCUAUUUUCGUAUAGGGUUCACACUAAUGAUAAAAUCAGAAAGGAAUCUCAAGUGCUUUUUACUACGGUGUAACUUAUUUGUGUUGAUUUGAUUUUUACCACCUGUGUUUUUGGUAAUGAUUUAUGGAAGCACUGUAUAUUAAAGGUUCAAAACAUUCUCCGA